UAGGUGGCGGUAUGCACCUGAACGUUGCUUGCGAUCCGCCAUUAAACGGAAGAAGAAGAAAAAGAAGGUCCUCCUAGCCAUAGCUCCAUGUGUGUUUCCUGCUAGCUAACCACCGGCUAAGACAACACCAUGCUUCGUCGAGAGGUGAGACUUAGACGAGAGUACCUGUACAGAAAGGCCCAAGAGGAUAGGGUCCGUACAAUUGAAGAGAAGAAACAAAAGCUGAAGGGUGCACUUGAUGAAAAUCGUCUUCUUCCAACUGAGGUACGCAAAGAAGCUUUGCAGCUACAGAAACUACUGGAGUAUGAUGAUGAGGGUGCAGAAGGUGCCAGCUCACACAUGGAUGAUGAGUAUAAAUGGACUGGAGUUGAAGAUCCUAAAGUCAUGGUCACCACAUCCAGAGACCCCAGCUCCAGACUCAAAAUGUUUUCCAAGGAGGUAAAGCUGAUGUUCCCUGGAGCCCAGCGCAUGAACAGAGGAGGCCAUGAGAUCAGCGCACUUGUGAGAGCCUGCAAAACCAACAGUGUUACAGACCUCAUCAUCGUGCAUGAAACAAGAGGACAGCCUGAUGGCCUGGUAGUGUGCCACUUGCCAUUUGGACCCACUGCUUAUUUCACACUGUACAACGUGGUAAUGAGGCACGAUGUUCCAGACAUAGGCACCAUGUCUGAGGCCUACCCCCACCUCAUUUUUCACAACUUCACCUCGCGACUCGGCAUUAGGGUAUCAAAUAUCCUCAAGUAUCUUUUUCCAGUGCCAAAGGAGGACAGCAGACGUGUAAUCACAUUUGCCAACCAAGAGGACUUCAUCUCUUUCAGGCAUCAUACCUACAAGAAAACAGACCACAAGAACAUUGAGCUGACAGAGGUUGGACCAAGGUUUGAAAUGAAAUUGUACAUGAUCAAACUGGGCACCUUGGAGAAUGAGAGUACGGCGGAUGUCGAGUGGCGUCACCAUGCAUAUACACACACUGCCAAGAAAAGGAGGUUCCUCAGUGUGCAAUAGGAACUAACAAAGCAUAGCUAAAGUGUUUAAUAAAAAUCUUAAAAUGUUAGUUGCUUACUAAAUAUGACUCGAAGUAUAAUCUGUUCAAAGGUUUCCCAGUCAGACUGCGUCAUAUCCAUCAUGAGGGACGGAACUUUUCAAGUAAAAGGAAUCUGUUUUGACAAAGCCAUUGGUUAACAAAGACCUAAGUCGUACUGUGGUGACUUUAUUAUAUUUGUUUUGCUAUUUUGUAAUAAAAUUUGUUUCAGAUAUCUAA